GCGUGAGAGAGAGAGAGAAGAGAGCUUCCUCCUCUGAAGUUUGCACUUCCAGCAGAAGCACAGCAAGACUGAAAAUACACCUCUCUCUUACUCGGCAGAUGAUCCUGCAUUGCUCUUUGAUACUGCAGCAUGUUUCCCUUGCCUAACCUUCUACCACCAGGAAUAAAAGGUGCACAGCUGUAAAGGUAACAAGUAUUUCUGGAUCAAAGAAUUUGAAGGAAGUCAUAAACGCAAAUUGUGGAGAUGUUAAGGACUGAAAAUUUGCAAGUGGAUUGUAGAGAGCCUUGUGGAAACGAACACACUGAAAAAUCUCCCAACUGAUACCCAGUGCUGGAUUGGGAUAGUUCUUGCUGGACCUCACACCACUGGAUAACUGCAAGGGGAAGCUCCAAGCUGGCCACACGUGCACAGCCAAUGAUCGGUGACCGUUAAACGUAUAGCUCAACAAAGGACCAGCACAAACUGCCUGGCGUGCCUGGACUACCAUUGAAGAUGGUAAACAAUACAACACACUGCCCAGUGUAUGAUGAAUUUAAGUACAUCCUGUAUGGAUGUAUAUUUAGCAUGGUGUUUGUGCUUGGCUUGAUUGCAAACUGUGUUGCUUUGUACAUCUUCAUCUGCACCUUAAAAGUGAGGAAUGAAACCACAACGUACAUGAUCAACUUAGCCAUUUCUGACCUCCUCUUUGUGUUUACACUGCCUUUUCGGAUUUUCUACUUUGCGGCAAGGAACUGGCCCUUUGGAGAUACGCUGUGCAAGAUAUCAGUGACUCUUUUCUAUACAAAUAUGUAUGGAAGUAUCUUGUUUCUCACUUGCAUCAGUGUGGACCGCUUUCUAGCAAUUGUACAUCCAUUUCGGUCAAAGACCAUCAGGACAAAAAAGAAAGCAAAAAUUACGUGUGGGGUUGUUUGGCUCAUUGUGCUCACGGGCAGUGUCCCUGCAAGCUUUUUUCGCUCAACAAACUCAAAGAAUAACAGCUCUUCAGAGACUUGCUUUGAGAACUUCUCUGACGAUACCUGGAAAACCUAUCUGUCGAAGAUCGUCAUUUUCAUUGAAAUAGUAGGGUUCUUCAUCCCCCUCAUACUCAAUGUGUUCUGUUCAACAAUGGUUUUAAAGACCCUGAAGAAGCCAGUGACAUUAAGCAGGAGCAAACUCAACAAAAAGAAGGUGCUUCUGAUGAUCGUUGUCCAUCUGGCAAUCUAUUGCUUCUGUUUUAUCCCCUAUAAUGUUAAUUUGGUGCUUUACUCGCUUAUGAGAACUCAGGCUUUUAGUAACUGCUCUGUGCAGGCAGCAGUUAGGACUAUGUACCCCAUUACACUCUGCAUAGCAGUAUCAAACUGCUGCUUUGACCCCAUUAUUUACUAUUUUACAUCAGAGACCAUUCAAAAUUCCAUCAAGAAGAGGAACCGUCCCAUGAGGAAGGAUUCGCGAUUCUCUGAAACCAUUGGAUCAGACAAUUUUAUUCAGCAUAACUUACAGUCUUUGAAAGCAAAAAUAUUUGAGAACGAGUCUACCAUAUGAUAAAAGGCAGCUGCACUCCUUGGAUUCAAAAACCUGUAUGUGCAGCUGGAUUGCUACAGUAUGUAAGUGGCUUUAGGCACUAACAAGCUAAAUACUGUUUAUGCUGAAACUGUACCGUCACGUGCCAUAUCUGUUUGGGGAGAUUAUGGCAAAGGCCUAAAUUAGGGUUA